AGACAAGUCUUGAUAAGACAUAAACUUUUUUAAUUAUCAAAUGCAUUAGUUACCUACACCACAUGAGAUAGCAGACUGAAAGACGUAAACAUGGAAACAUCACCUAGAGAGUCUCAGUUGCAGAAAAAUCCAAUCGAAGCUCUGAGCAAAGAUGAGAUCAUUAGCAAAUACAAGGGACUGCUAAGCAUUGCCAAAAAGGCAAAGCAGGCGAAAGAUGAGCUCACCGAAGAAAAUCGCCAGUUCAAGGAGGCGAUACAGCGUUCAGCAGCCAAGCAAACCAGUCUCGUCGCCAUGCAGGAGAUGCUGCAGGACUUUACGGAUAAGAAUCUUCUACUAACGGAGCAAGUCAGCAACCUAAACCGCAAAACAAAAGAAGAUGCCGAACGACAGCAGCAGUUGGAAAUAGAAAAUGAAAGCCUAAAGCGCCAAUUAGGGCGCUUGAGCGAUGAAAAUGAUGAGCUUUUAGCAGAUGUGGAGCGCAUGGAGACUGUUAUGCAGCAAGUAAAUUCUAUAGGCAACGACCAGCGCAAGAAUCUUGAGCUUCUAGAAGCUGACGUUGCCAGAAUCAAGGAGGCAGAGGCCCAGAAUGCGAUCCUAAGACAGCAGGCAGACCUUGCCGCCGAGCAAACGCAACAACAUGAAGCAAAACUGCAAGAACUCCAGCAAAAAUAUGAGAAUGUCAAGCAACUAAACUCGGAGCAACGCAAGAAAUUCAAUUCGCUCAAAGAUCGCUUUAUAGACGUGCAUCGCAAGUUGAAAAACCUAAAAGAGUGCAAAUGCGUGCUGUUAGAAACACAACAUGAAUAUGCAGCCUCCGUGUCCAAGUGGCAACAGGAAAUAAUCAAAGCAUCGCAAUUGCUGUGCGGUAAAAUGACAGCCUUGCAGCAAGAAAAUGAGCAACUCAAGAAGCAGCCACAAGCUACACGGACAAGCAACUCAAAUAAUAGACUGCUGCAAAAGGUUUAUGAGCUUGAGCGCUUGGCCAAGUUGGCUAAAUUGCAACAGCAAGAAGUGGAGCCAACGACGACGACAACAACAACAACAACAACACUGCAAGCUGAGCAGACACAAGAUGCACGGACAAGGACAAGCAACUCAAAUAAUAGAAUGCUGCAAAAGGUUUAUGAGCUUGAGCGUUUGGCCAAAUUGGCUAAAUUGCAACUAGAAGAUGUGGUGACAACGACGACGACGACAACAGCACAGCAAGCUGAGCACUUACUGACUAAAGCUAAUAACUCAGCGAAUAUCGUUAAUCAGCCGGAAGCAUCGCAGCAAAACGGCAGCAGUGUUAAUAAAGAACUUUGGCUCAACAGACUUUACAAAAUGCAACAAUUGGCUGAACAGUUGCAACAAGAGCGUUCUCAGCAGAAAUGUGAAAUGCAGCAUUUGGGACCGGCUGAAGCUGAGUUGCUGCAGCGUCAAGAGGAACUGCAAACGCGUUAUCAGCUUAAAGAACACGAACAUUCGGAGUUACUUGCCGAGAUGCGUGAAUUAAACGAAGCCUUGAAAGGUCGAGGAGACUUUAUUUAUCGCUUGCAGGAACAACAGGCCAAGAGUCGGGAGGAGCAACAAGCAUUGACAGAAGCUUUAGCCGAAAGAACGCUGCAAGUGGAGCAUCUACAAAGCAGAAUUGAUAAGUUGGACCAACUAAAUGGCGAUGCCCAAAGCGAUGUGCUAUCCACAUCUACUAUUUCGCGGGCAGAAGAACUUAAUCGGCUGCGUGAACUAGACGAUGGCUACGAGGAAAAAUAUCACAAGCUGCGUGGACUUGCAGCCAAGCUAAAGAAGAAGCUGCAAGAACAAACUCUGCAAAUACAAAGCAUGGAGCAAGUAGGUGGCGCCAAUCUAGAAGAGGAAAUGCAAUCCAUUAAGCAGGCACAAGCGCAAUUACAAGAAGAUUUGAAUGCAGCACGCGCGGAAAAUCAAAAACUUAAAGCUAAGGACAAGGCGAAGGGCACAAAUGUAUUGAGCCUAGAAAUCGAUGCAGCCGAAAAGUCAUUAGCCGAGGUAAGCGCCAAACUCUUAGCCAAGUCUAAUGAUGUGGAGUCGUUCAAAGAAGCCUUAGCUAGCAAGGAGAGCAGCAUAACACAACUGCAACAACAGAUUGACAUACUGGAGCAGGCCCAGAAGAGUGAAGCGGAGCAUGGCAAGCAAUUGAAGCAGCAAAUUGACCGCAUGCAGUCACAACUAAAAGACGCAGUCCAUGGCAAGCAACAGGCGCUCAUGGAAGCCAAGCAGCUUGAGCAAAGCGUGGAACAGCAAAAACAGCAGGUGGAGCAGCUGAAUCUGCAACUGGCCGAGCAUACACAGCAAUAUGAGUGCAAGCUGAAGCAGUUGCAGCAACAAUUGACGGACAGUACAGCUCAAUUGGAAACGCAUCAAGGCACACAUACGCAUCUGGAGACGGCACUGCGUCAGGCAGAGCGCGCCCACGAGCAGCUGCAGCUUGAGUACACAGAAUACAAGCUGAAGGCGCAGUCAGUGUUGCGCAAGCAGCAAAAUCGCGACACUGACAAGGAGUAUGAGCAGGAAACGGAGCUGGCAUCAUUGCGCAGCAAUGAACAGAAACUGCGCGCGAGCAAUGAAAGCUAUGCGCAGCGCAUACUUGAGCUGGAUGCGCGUGUUGAGAAGCUGCAGCAGACCAACACGCAGCUGCAGCGACGAAGUCAAGACUUAGUGGCGUUGCUAGAUGAACUACGCGAGCAGAAUGAAACGCAAACGGAGGAAAGCCACCGACAACUGCAACAGCAACAGCAGCAGCUGCUGCAGCAGCAUCGACAACAGCUAGAGCAAAUGGAUGAGGCACAUAAGACGCGUCAGAAACAACUGCAGCUCGAGAUUGAGCAAUUACAAAAAGCAUCUAAAGCUAAUCUAUCUAUCAAUCAAGCCAAUUCACAAGCAACGCCAGCAGCAGCUGUCGUUGCCAGCAGCCUGGAGCAAAGCAAAAUAGAUUAUUUGUUGGAUCAUGAAACGGUUAGUGAUUCGCUGGCACAGCUGGCAGCGCAGCGCAAAAUUUCCACUGCCUCACGUCGUUCGCAUGACUUUAUGCCACUGGAUGAACUGCUGAACACAUCACUGAAUGCCAUCAGCAGCGAUACAGUCACAACUAUUUCCAAUUUUGGACGCAGCAUAAGCCAGGAGCAGGACUGCAACGGCUCUGAGGUAGAGGGCCAAGGCGAACUGCAAGCCACGCUGGUGGCCACAAAAGAUCGUCUGCACAAGCAGGAGACGCGUGUACGGCAUUUAACAGCACUGCUAGCGGAGAAUGAACAGGACCUGGCCAAGCUAACACAAAUGAAUGAUAUGCUCAAAGAGGAGCUGCGUCGCCAGGAGCGUUCCGAGGAGCGUGAGCAGCACAUGCACAACUCGGAGUAUCUGAAAAAUGUGUUCCUUAAGUUUCUCACAUUGAAUAAUACGGAUGAGAAACAGCGACUAGUCCCGGUAUUAAACACAAUCCUACGCUUGAGUCGCAAUGAAAUGGAUAUGCUGAAUGCCGUAGCCAAAGGACAGAAAGUAAACACUGAUGGCAACAAUCGUAGCUGGACUGGUUUUCUGAGUGCUUGGAGCGGAAGCGGCGGCGGUGCCGGCAAUGCCGCUAACAACAAUAAUUAGAUUGGUUUUAUGUAAUAUUUGUAUACUUGGUAUUAUAGUACUUACUAAGGAUUGGCCAGUGAAACUGUUUUUGGGGAAAGUUGCAAAUUUUAUAUAUGCGUACUGUCACCAAUAUUGUAUUUAUGUAUUUUAAAAAAAUUACCCGUUGUUUUCUAAACUAGUGCUGUCCAAAUAUAAAAUAUAUGGCUAUAUACAUAUAUUGCAAGAGCACUGUUUACAGCGCUCUGAACUAUAA